AUGGGUAUUUUCCAGUGGGUUCGAUAUUUUGAAGAUGGCACAAGGCAGCCUAUUGAAGGUGCUACGAUGUAUGAGUACAUGGUUACGGCUGAUGCUGUUGGCGCUCAUCUUGCUGCAGAAUGCUUUCCUAUGGAUGAUAUUGGUCGACAGGGUGAUUUGGUGAGGCCGUUUGUUAAUAGUGAGUACAAGAUAACUUCUGAUGAAGACAUACAGAAUUACAUCACUAUUUGUAUUUCGGUGGGGAGAGCCGACUUUGAUGUUUUUGUUUUGGGAUAUUCUCCUGAUGAAUGGAAAAAGGCGACAUUGGUGCUUACACAAACCGGAUAUCAAAUUAACUUCAGCCAUAAGAAUGAAGCUGUAAUUGACCACAAAUAUACACCAAAUCUACAUAUAGAAGUUCCCAAUGGACGAACUACUCAGUUUGUUUUAUUAACUUCUGGGGGUGUAAAUCAUACAUUCGAGACACGAGGAGUAACAGGGCACAAUGACGUGGAUAACGACGUUAGGCUACGUGAUCUAAUCAUAUUGGUCCUGAGAACUUUCCAAUAUAAGGCUGACGAGGAAGGUGCGAUUGUCAGUGCGUUAUCAAAUGUUAUUGCUGCUGUUGAUCCUUGGAGGAGAUAGAUUUUUGCUUGGAUUUCAAUACCGGAAGCACAGAUUAUUUUUCUAAUUUAAACAUUCAGGUGUCUGUCUCUCCUUAUUUUUCUUGUGAAACACGUUUGAGAGCUCUCUGUUGACACUAGAUUUUGGCAAGGAAAACUACUUAAUUAAGGUGGCUUCAAAUGAAGAAAUGAUCUACAUAAAAAAUUUACGUAUUGUCGACAUGAACAUCUUCGAAGUUUGGUCCAUCGCUAUCCAAUCUUAUCUCGAGGGCCGAAACUAUGCUCAAAGUACUAAGAUUUGGUAUUCAGAGUAUUAUUCGGCCAAUUCAGCCUCCAAGAC